AUGUUCAAAUUGGACAGAGAUGUUCUUCGUUUGAUAUUUGAAGAAUUACGAGAUGAUGAAAAGACACUUUGUUUAUGUCUAUCCGUUAAUAAAGCAAUUUGUGAAACAGUUGUUCCAAUUUUAUGGAAAAAUCCUUGGAAAUCGAUAAAGGAAGGAAAAGAGAAAUUUUUAUUAAAUGUUAUAAUUUCACAUUUAUCAGAUGAAUCAAAGAAUAACUUAAAGAAUUUAGGCGUUAAUUUAUUAACAAAUUCCUAUAAAAAGCCUUUAUUCAACUAUAUUAGUUUUUGUAAACAUUUACGUUUAUGUGGAAUUAAGAAGAUAAUUAAUUCCUACGAAGAAUCUAAAAUUUCAAUUAUUAACAAUGAAAUAUUUAAACUUUUUAUUAAUGAAAAUAUGAAAUAUACACAUCUUUAUAUACCUCUUAAUUUUGAUAUUCAAAUACAUCUUAUUCACGGAGCCAAAAGUUGUCUGUCAGAAAUUAUAUUCCUUAAAUGUCAUUCGAACAAUGAUGAUAAUAUAGCCAGACUAACAGAAAUAUGUAAAUCAAUUAAAGAAAUGGAACUUUUUAUAGUUGAUAAUAAUAAGAAUAAUGAGAUUAUUAAAUUAAUUGAAGCACAAAGAAAAUUAUUUAACGUUAGUUUAAAAUAUUCUUCGUAUGGCGAGGAUAGAACUCUUGAAAAUUCUUUAAUUAAACAUGCAAAUACUAUACAAUAUUUUAAGAUAGAUAAUCAAUCUAUCACUAAGUUUCUUUUAUUAUUUGUUAAUUUAAGAGUACUAGAUUUGCAUGAAAUUAUAAUUGAACCAUUGGAUCAAUUAAAGAAUAUAUCUUUACCUUAUUUAAAAAUUUUAUAUGCUAGACGUGUUUCAUACAUUAUUUUAAUAAGUUUAAUUGAAAGUACAAGUGGACAACUUACUGAAAUAAGUUUUACUUAUUGUACGGGAAAUAAAUACAUUGAAGAUAAACAUAUUAUUCAGGUUAUUUAUCAAAAUUGUCCAAAUCUUAAAUAUCUUAAAACAGGGCUUGGAGAUAUCAGAGAUAUUUUAGAAUUAGAAAACUUAUUAAUUAACUGUCAAUACUUAGAUGGAUUAUACCUUACUAAUUAUAUAAAUUCAUUUAAUUUUGAUAAUUUAUUCGAAAUGCUGGCUAACUUAUCAUCAAUUAAUUUAUUUAAAUUUAAAUUCGAUUUUUUAGCAUUUAGAUUAAAAAAAUCUUUAAAAUUAUUUUUUGAUAAUUGGAAGGAUAGACAUCCAAUGCUAAUACAAAUAAGUUAUAUAAAAGAAUAUUCUAGUUUAAUGGAAGAAUAUAAAGCAGAAGGAAUAAUUAAAAAUUACAAUCAUUUGCAUGGAGAAGAUUUUGAGUGGAAUACUUAA